AUGGUGGAGGCUGCUUUCGACACAUUCCCCGCUCGUGUUACUACCCAAGUCAGUGCUGAAAUCAGGGUGCAAGAUUGUUUAUUUGUGCAGAAGCAUCAAGGACAUUUUGGGAUCAUAUUUUGGAUUACUGGAAAGAAAGCCCACAAGGUAGUAUUUGUCAAAUAUGAAGACGUGAAAGAAGAACCAGCUCUUUAUCUGAAGCGCAUAGCUGAGUUCAUUGGGUGUCCUAUCUCUCCCGAGGAAGAGGCAUGUGGAUUGAUUGAUGAGAUUUUGAGGCUUUGUAGCUUUGAUAGUUUGCGCAACAAGACUGGAAAAUGGAUGAUGAUUGAAAACCAACACUUUUUCCGGAAAGCUGAGGUUGGAGACUGGAAAAAUCAUCUCACAAAUGAAAUGGCACUACAGCUUGAUCAGAUCACUUCAACCAAGUUUGAAGGAUCUGGAUUAAUUCUUUAG